AUGGCUAGAGUUCAAAAGAGGCCCUUUGUCUCUUCCGGUACUAAUGACAAGGCACACCCAUUCCGGGAAUCAUCCCUGCAAAUUUACAAACCAGGGGGACGGUCCUGUCUGAGCUGUCAUCGGCGUAAGGUCCGCUGCGAUCAUGGAGUGCCUUGCGCCAACUGUUCAAGAUAUGGUUAUACCUGCGUUUAUCCCACAAAGAACAGCGACACGGCAGGGAAAACCCCCACUCUCCAAAACAUCUCCAACCGCCUGGAACGAAUUGAAAAUUUGCUAUCACGUUUUGCUGAGAGUAGUCGAGUCGCUACGGAAUCUGUAGUGGAGGGUGGUAGUAGUGAUAGUGGUGGCAAGUCUCAAACUCAGGUUCAGCCUCAAUCUGGUACAAAUGUCAAUGCAACUGCAAAUCAACAUCCCCGCAAGUCAACAUGGGAGCUAUUAUUGAAUGAUGGACAAGAAAAAGAAAUCAAAAUUACUCAACCUACUGGCUUAGAAAUACCACCUUCGCAGCUUCAGAAGAGUACAAAUGCUCAUCAUACACUUCUUGCGCAGCCAUGCACCUGUGCUCCUUCAGAAAUAGUUUCCGAUGUGCUGGAACUCUAUCCUGAUCCCCAAUUAGCUCUUCGGUUAUGGACUGUGUACGUCAAGUUGGUCGAUCCAGUCCUCAAAAUUUUGCAUAUACCAACCACCCAGUCCAUUGUUGUUGCAACCAUUCUGGACCCCAAAUCUGCAGGAUCUUCAACAGUGGCAUUGACAUUUGCCAUCUAUUUUGCCGCCGUCACGGCCCUUAGUCAUGAUAAUGAGAAUGAAACCAUCGAACUACCUUUGGAGAAGCCAGUACUCUUGAAACAGUAUAAGAUGGCCUUGGACCGACUUCUCGUGGUAACCGAUCUCAUGAAUCGACCUGAAAUGAUGGCAUUACAGGCUCUUGCAAUUUAUGUGACCUGUUUACGGGUCCAUGAAGUUGGCCGGAGUGUAUGGGUCCUUAAUGGGCUGGCGAUCCGCCUCGCCCAAUCGAUUGGCCUGGACCGAGAUGGUGCCUGCUUCCAACUGAGUCUCUUUGAGACGGAAAUGCGUCUUCGUCUCUGGUGGCAUCUAUGUGUGCUUGACUCUCGUGCCCCGGAGGACCAAGGACUUCAACCCACGGUUGAUGUCAUGAACCGGGGACUACGGCUUCCCUUGAAUGUGAAUGACAAUCAAAUCUAUCCAGGCAUGACAUCCUUGCCAGUGGAGUCGGAUGAUUGGACGGAAAUGUCUUUCUUUCUGAUUCAAACUGAGUCAUGCCGGCUACUACAUCCGAUUCUUGAGACUCAAGGGCAACAUUCCGCAGAUACUCUACUUGGUAUCACAGAAAAGCGAAAAAUUAUUCAGGAGCAUGGUCAAUAUUUGUUUGCUAAAUAUGGUCUUCUAUCUGGGUCUAGAACACCCACUAAUCUGUCGCGCAUUGCAAUGCAACAUCUCACCACUGCCAGCAAGAAAAUGGACUUUGUGCUGCAACUACGAGAGGAGAUCAUCAUGCAAAAGCAAAAAGAGGGACAAGGUGGUGCGACUUCUGACGUACUCAAGCUGUCUUUCAAGUUGGCUUGUGAUGGGCUGGAAAGUAAUUAUGUGUUAUUGAAGGAGGGUCUUGCUUCCAGAUUCAAAUGGUUCUUCAGCAUGUACACGCAAUGGUACGCCCUCGCCUACGUUCUGCGCUGUCUAUGUAGCAACCCCCGUGGAUUCAGGACAGAACGUGCGUGGACUUUGGUCGAAGAGCUCUUCCCUCGCGGAAUGAGUCCUCAUGGUCAUUCGGCGGGGCUCGAUGCUGAAUAUGGGCACGGUAGCAUUUGGAAAUGUCUCAAUCUGCUCCGAUUUCAAGCGUUAUCGUUGAGACAAAAUGCCCAGCUAUCUGUGGACACCCCUGAUGUUGAGACCCAGUUGUCCAUCAGUGGUGAAAGUCGUACUUCCCAGCAGCUUCUUCCAGAUAUCGAAAUCCCGCCGCCCACCCGCACGACAGCAACAGCGCAUGGAGCAUCCACCCUUCCCGAAUUGGGUCAAGAUUUCGUGGCUGAUUCCAACCAAAACUUCUUUUCAUCUCCGGAUCUGUCAAUGCCAGAGAUUCUAUUUUUGCCGGAUUGGAAUGCGGUGAUCAAUGGAUGCCUGAACGAUGAUGGUCACUCAGGUGUGUUUUGA